AUGUGUAAGCUAUUCUUGAAUCUGAUUGAUGAAUCAUCAAAAAUAAUCAUCAAUACUGCCAAUGGAAAAAGAGCUAGAGCUUUAGGAAAGAUCAAUACUGUUAAAAUGUCUAUUGGAUCUAUUUGUAUGCCGAUAACUCUACAAGUUAUUGGAUCUCCUAAUAAAAACUUGCUAUUGGGAACUGAUUAG